CCAAGGAUGGGUUUGAUGCCAAACAGAUGGAGUACGCCCCUUUUGCAGCACCGUCACCAUACACCCGACCUUGAUUGUACUUUCGCUUUCUCAGUUGAGUCUUGAGUGUACGCUUCCCUCUCCCACUCUUUCUGCUAUUUGGACAACUCAUGCCUGAGUGGCUACACAACGUCAACUACCCUGUUUCCCAAUAGUCUCUGCUUCCCGGUUGCGGUCAACGCUCGUUAUUGACUUCAUUGACGUUUGCCAGCAUAACCGCAUCUCCCAUCAACGCAUCGGUGACGACUGUCAACUUCUUUAUCCACCUCAACGAACCGCUAGCUAGGACAAGAGUCAGCGUCUCUAUCCAACUAUCCCCGCUACGCUCCCUCCCUUCGCCUCACAGACAGUCGCCAUGAGCGCCUCCACAAGAGUUGCGCGUCGGGCGCUGGUGGUCAACCCGUUCAUGGGCACUGGCCGCGCUCUUCCCAAAUCAGCUCUCCUCGCCACAUCGAUCCAUUUUGCGCGCAAUGCGCAGACCCUGGGUCCGGCCUCUGCCCUGCUCAUCCCAAUUCGGACCCUCACAACCUCGGGAACAACUACCCACGGCCCUCCCGGCGGCCCGCCGCCAGGGUUUAACCCAGAGGAGGCUAAGAAACCACUUCCAAGGGAACCUGCCAGCAGCGCGAAGCCCGCAGCGAAGGCCGAGAAGCCAAAGACGGAUACCGAAGUGCAGGAGGCCGCUAAGGAGGGCAAUAAAGCGUCUGCCGAUACAGAUGCGUCGCUCACUCAGCUCGCCGACCAGAAGGAAGGCGCCGUAGAAGGCGCCGAGGCCAAGAAAGAGGAGAAGAAGCUGACGCUUGGGCAAAAGAUCAGAAAGGAGGUACAACAUUACUGGGACGGCACCAAGCUGCUGGCGGCCGAAGUCAAGAUCAGCUCGCGCCUCGCGCUUAAGAUGGCCGCCGGCUACGAGCUCACGCGGAGAGAGAACCGGCAGCUGCAGCGCACCGUCCAGGAUCUCGGCCGGCUGGUCCCCUUCUCCGUCUUCGUCAUUGUUCCGUUCGCUGAACUCCUGCUGCCGGUCGCCCUUAAGCUCUUCCCCAACAUGCUGCCCAGCACGUACGAGGGCCAAAAGUCCAAGGACCAGAAGGCGUCGACGCUGCGGGCUACCCGGAGGGAAGUUAGCGACUUCCUCCGCCAGACCUUGAGGGAGACAGGUCUUCCCCUGACGCAGGCGACGACGCGAACGGAGGAGUUCACAAACUUCUUCCGUAAGCUACGCUCCACGGGGGAGAAGCCGACGGCCGAGGAUGUCAUUAAGGUGUGCAAGAUCUUCAAGGACGACCUCACGCUCGACAACCUGUCCCGUCCCCAGCUCGUGUCCAUGUGCCGCUAUCUCAACCUGAACACGUUCGGCACCGACAUGAUGCUGCGGUACCAGAUCCGCCACCGCAUGCGGCAGAUCAAGCGCGACGACCGCGCCAUCAGCUACGAGGGCGUCGACGUCCUGUCGGUCUCGGAGCUCCAGAUGGCUUGCGCCAGCCGCGGCAUCAAAAGCCACGGGGUCUCGCCGGCCCGGCUGCGCGAGGACCUGCAGACCUGGCUUGACCUGCGGCUGCGCGACGGCGUGCCCUCCACGCUGCUGGUCCUCAGCAACGCCUACAUGUACGGCCAGACGCAGUCCGACGAGGGGUUCUCGGGCCAGAUCGAGGCGCUGACGGGCGUGCUGUCGUCAAUCCCGGAAGAGCUGUUCCACGAGAUCGAGCUCGAGGUGCACAACGCCGAGGGCGCCGCCACCAACAAGCAGCGCCUCGAGGUGCUCAAGGAGCAGCAAGAGCUCAUUGACGAGGAGCUUGAGCAGGACCAGCAGAACCAGGCCACCGGAUUUGCCACGCCGCGGGACAACGAGGAUAUCGAUGACAAGGAGGAGAGGCAGGCUCAUGCCGAGGCGGACGGUACCAUUGAGAAGGCGCAGGUCGGCGAGGCGCUGGAUGCUGAGAAGGAUAUGCUGGAUGCGGCCAGGUUAGAGCAGAAGCAGGAGCAGCGCGAGGCGGCGCAACCCAGGUCCAGCGACAAGUGAGUCAGUGGAAAAAUGGGUUGGCCGGUACGGUUCAUAUUUUCUCUUUUGUGUGUCGUGUUUGAGUAGGCCACACGGGGAUUCUGUAGGGAUAUAGACGGCCCAGCGUCACAGCGGGCGAGAUCGGUCAGGCGUUGGGACAUUUGUGGGCUUUUCUUUUGUUAUGGGCGGCCUGAUAUAGACCUCAUCUCACCAUAGAUAUGUGGAUAGCUACUCCAAUCUGAAUCUUGAAUGGAGCUGCUUUGUUGAC